AUGGACUCGGAAAGGCCAAGGUCCUUGGGUGAGGGCUUGGCCACCGGAUUCACAACAUCCUUCUUGUCAUCACCUUUAUUCGACUGUCGUUCGCCUGUCACGCCAAGUGCAAUACGAACACCGAGGGUAUCAUUUUCACAGUCAGAUUCUGAAGAAGCAAACACCUCCGACUUCCCCCUCGAGGAGAGCAUAUGCCCCAACGUUGCCUCCAGCGUUACGUUUGCACUUGCGACUGAGUCGAUCCCCUCUACAAGUUAUGGGCAUACCAAGACGGGGAGGAUUGCGAGACAUGCGAAGCUCAAGCCAGAGUCUUUGCAUCUAUCGCCUCUCUGCCGUUCCGGCAUUGAGGAUCAUUUUCUCCCUCGAAGUGCGCAGUCGGUGACACCAAGCCUGAUAAAACAGCCGAGACCAACCCUACACGAAAAUGAACUCACAACUUUCUCCGCCAUUAACCUCAUCCUAGGCAAGACCAUUGGUGUCGGCGUUUACUCGGUCCCAUCAGCGAUAUUCGCUGAAGUCGGCUCGGUGGGAAUGACUAUACUCAUCUGGAUUGUCGGCGCAGUAAUCUCUUUUUGUGGGCUCUCCGUCUAUCUCGACUUGGGUACAGCACUGCCUCGGUCAGGCGGAGAGAGGGUCUACCUUGAACGCAUCUUCCGCCGGCCCAGGAUGCUGGCCACAAGCAUGUUUAUGGCAUAUGUCGUUCUUCUGGGAUUCAGCACGCCAAACUGUAUCAUACUAGGCAACUAUGCAGUGGCAGCAUUAGGUGCUCAAGCUGGGGUGUGGAAUGUCCGGGGCAUCGCGGUCGUUGUUAUCUCACUAUCGUGUCUCAUCCACGCACAAAUGCCAUCAACUGGGCUCCGCAUAAUCAAUGUUCUCGCCGUGGGCAAGAUGUUGAUCCUUGCUGGUGUCAUCCUGAGUGGCUUUGCGAGCAUCGGUCGAGUUGCGACAACUUCAAGGCAGAGUUCUAUCGCAGAGCAGAAUUUCUCUUCGAUUUGGGCAGGCACUAGCUCCAAGCCCUACAACUACGCAACCGCCCUAUUACAAGUUCUUUACUGUUUCCGUGGCUACAACGCGGCGAACCAGGUCAUGUCGGAAGUACGAAAUCCCAUCUCCACCAUAAAAUUCGCGGCUCCGGUCGCUCUCACAUUAGCAUCGCUAGGGUACAUUCUCGCCAACAUUGCCUACUUCUGCGCCGUGGAGAAAGACGACUUUCGCUCUUCGGGAGUUGUUGUCGCCAGCCAUUUCCUUCGCAACAUCUUUGGCUUAUUGUGGGGUGAGCGGAUUCUGCCAUGCUUCAUCAUCAUCUCGGCUUUUGGAAAUAUUGCGGCCACUUCUUUUGCUCAAGCUCGAGUCAAUCAGGAGCUUGCGGCCCAAGGACUUCUCCCCCUGUCCAACUUCUGGCGCAAAAAGAACUGGGCAGGUGCUCCAGCUCCAGGACUUUUCCUGCACUGGCUGGUCAGUGUGCUCGUGAUUAUCCUGCCUCCUCCAGGCGAGAUAUACACUUUCCUUGUCAACAUCGGCGGGUAUCCCGUCUCCUUCUUCUCGGUCGCGAUUGCGGGGGGCCUCCUUUAUCUAAAAGCAUCGGCGAGGGAGCAAUGGCAAAGCCCAUGCCCGGCGCAUCGAUCACACAUCGUCGUGUUUCUGGUUAGCAAUGCCCUCUUGCUCAUUUUUCCAUGGAUAGAUCCUGGACAAGAUAACGAAACCAACAAGAGAUUCGAGUAUUAUGCAUACCCAGCCACGUCUCUGGGCAUCUUGGGAUGUGGCGCUGUCUACUGGGUAUGUUGGCGGGUCAGGCAGUCACGCGAGACUUCUCCUGUGGACACACCAUUGUUGCAGGACUGGGAAUCCGACGCUGCAGUGUCACCGUAUAGCUCUGACGAAGGAGAAGCAGGGCGGAAGAAAGCGUGCCUAGCUCCUGAGCAGAAGGCGCUCGUGCAGGACAAGCUUAGCGACGUGUUUGUGGUGGAGGCUGAAGUCAUCGCAGGAGAGGAGCUCCAGGAGGACAGUCGCGAGAGCUCGUAUCCUCGGGACGGAUGA